CGAUGUAUUUGAAAUUACCUACCAAAUUGUAUACAUUUCAAAAGGAAACCCAACAUAUUAUCGAGCUAUGACAAAUCGCAUAUUUUUAAACUGAGUGAUUAUUUUCGAUUUUGACACAAGAAAGUUUAAGGGAAACAAUAGAAAUAAUUAACAAAGCAAGAGGCAUGGUAUGUCCUAGAUACUAUGGCGGAAACAGAGGCAACAACUGAGAUAUUAAGCACAUCAGCUGUUAGAAAGUAUUUUGAUAUCAAGCAUUGUGGUAAUUUGCAUGUAGAAAAGAAGAAGUGGGCUUUCUUUUCUAAGACAAAAUGGGAUCAGAAAUACUUUAUGAUAUCAAAAGGGGCCAAAUAUAGUUGCAAAUGGAACUUUUUUUGUUUUGAAAAUACAUUCGCUAGUAAACAAGAAUGGUCAAUACAGAUGUCAGACAUGGAAAGCGUCCGGGAAUAUGGCAAUAAAAGUGACAAAGAUUUUGUUGGGAUAAGAAUAAUAUUCAUUACCCAUAGGCCGGAGAUGAUAUUAAGAUGCGACACGGAACAGAAUAGAGAGGUGUGGAUAAUAAACAUCCGUGAAGCAAUCCAGGAAGCUCAUUCAGAUUCUGUUGACAGUGGGUUUGAAAGCGGUGGUUCAAUUGCUAGAAGAUGCAUCACCAGAGAUUCUAGGAGGUCAAAUAGACAAAGCAAUAAAUAUCACACAAUCGAUGAAAUUGAAAGUGAUAUUGAAGAUGAUAAUAUAACUGAAGGUGAAAAACAAUCACCCGUCGAUAUUGCGUCAGAAACAAAAGGAAGUGACAUAUUCAAAAAAAGCGAUGAAACGUCUGGAAUAAAAAAGAAAACGAGACAUUACGAAAAUGUCCUUCCAGACGGUAACAUACGAUUUAAUAUACAAGAUGAUAAUGACAAAAGAAAUGGUGAAGGGAGAGAAAUUUCGUCAGACACUCUUUCGGUUCCCAUUCAGGUGGACGAUGAUAUGGCGGGACUGGAAUUCAAUACAAUGGAGGAAACAUAUGCAAAAGAAAUUGAGCCGUCUAACACACAAGAGGCUGAGGGUGCUGUCAUAAUGCGAAGUCUUGCACAAUCUGCAUCUUUUGCAUCCAUAAAAAGCGAUCAAGGAGAAUCAGUUGAAAAUUCAUUUUCCAUGGUGUCUAUAAGAUCACAUGAGAGUCAAAAGAGAAAUUUGAAUGAUAAUGGAUCGUGUUUAAAGAAAGGUCAAUGUAGGGAUAGCAGCAGUAGCAGUGGUAGUAGUGGGAGCGAAUCAACUCCCAUCGAUACACCGGCUCGUUUAACAGAGAACUUUGAAGAAAAUGACUACAUCUACACUGAAAAUCAUUUUGAUAAGAACAUCAUGAAUGGCGUACCCAUUGGAACAUUCCUGGUUCAAAUGAGAACAAAAUCAAUGGGAUUUAGAUUGCAUGUUAUGACACCAAAAGGGGUUAUGUGCUUUAAAAUAUACGAGCAGGAUGGACAAUUGUCACUCUAUAAGCAGUUCAAUGUUUCCUCGGCGGUAUUUGGAUCAUUAAAGGCGUUUCUAAAACACUACAACGUCCAUUGGUUGCCUAAGGAAGAAUACAAAGUCAGGCUGACUAGAGGUUAUAAAGCACGUCAAACAGCGGAUUUAUUAUAAAAAUAUAUACCGAAUAUAAUCUCUCGUUGUAAACAAACUAUAAGUUGUGUUCCAAAUUUAAUAGUUUACGCUUUAUAUGAUAAAGAUUUAUGUUAGCUAGAAUUAUGAAAUCAAUUUUAUAGUGAGUCAUUGCUAAUGGUGUUAUUUUCACAUAUCAUAUUUUACAUUACGGGGACUACAUUUUUCGUUGUUGGUUUAUUCUUUUCUUGUUAGUUAUACUCGACCUUUUAAAUCCAAGUUGAUAAUUUAAACAGUUUUUGCCAUUUUUUUUUCUGGAUUUUCCUUGGUGCAUUUUUCAUUUAUUAAGGUAAAUUGAAUGAAUUUAUGUAAGAGUUGUCUUUCAUUUUGCUGUUAAAAUUAGUAACACAUAAAUUAUUGUGAAUGCUAUCAGCUAAAAACUUUUUAACUUAAGCAUUUAAUAGUUAUAAAGCUUGUGUGAUGGGUUUUGCUGCAACAAAUACUGGUCAAAUAAAAUUGGUUGAUUUGUUCCUAUUCACAAAUAGUUCCAUAGCUCCAGUAUAAAAUUUUAAGUAUAUGUUAAUAUAUUUAUGUAAGCUUUAGGUUUUACUAUAAGAGACUAUGAUUAAGAAUAUUUAUCAUGACUUUUUUAUUCCCUUCAAGUGGCUUUACAUUCUUAAUGCUUAUGUAUAAUGUUAUUUGAAGUCACUAUCUUGUCUUUUAAUGUUCAAACAUACAUAUACCUAUUCUGUCUAAAACGAGAUAAUGAAAAAGACAAUAUAGGACAAUGUCAAUUAUUUAUAUUAAAAGUUUCAACUUGA